AACUCGCAGCGUUUGCUUUGUGCUAUUUACUCAGCAGGAGUCAACUGUGUGUGUUGACACUUCGCCAAUUUGUGGACUUUUAAGGACUUUAUAAGGAUUAUGUUGGGCUGGGAAUUGGGCUGACAGACAUUUUGCACUUUAUUCGUGCAGCUUCUCUGGUUGUUUUCAAGUUGACAUGAUGGCUGUGGAGGAGAUGGUGGAGGUGACCUGCAUCAUCAUCAUCAUCAUCGUCAUCAGAGGAAAAGAAGAGGCUGGAGAGAGUUCCAAAUGCUGACUGCACGGCAUUAUCACCAAGGACAUGAUAAACCUCCUGGUUCUUGUGGUUCCGGUUCUGCUGGUCCACAUGUGGCUCGCCGAGGCUCAGGUUCUCCGCAUUGGCGGGAUCCUGGAGACGCGCGAGCGUGAGUUGGUGAGUUUGGACGAGUUGGCGUUCAAGUUCGCCGUUAACAACAUCAACAGGAACAAGACGCUGAUGCCCAACGUCACGCUCACCUACGACAUCCAGCGCAUCAACCCCAAAGACGGCUUUGAGGCCUCGCGCAGAGUGUGCGACCAGCUGUCCCUGGGCGUGGUGGCCGUGUUCGGUCCGUCUCACAGCUCUUCCGUGAGUGCGGUUCAGUCCAUCUGCAACACUCUGGAGGUUCCGCAUAUCCAGACGCGCUGGAAACAUCCGUCGGUGGACAACAGGGACACCUUCUUCAUCAACCUCUACCCCGAGUACGGGGCGGUCGCCAGGGCCCUGCUGGAUGUGGUCAACUUCUUCAAGUGGAAAAAGCUCACCGUCGUCUACCAGGACAGCACUGGUCUGAUGCGCAUGCAGGAGUUGAUCAAGGCUCCCGCCAAGCUGAACCUGAAGAUGAAAAUCCGCCAGCUGACGCCCGGCAACCAGGACGCCAGGCCGCUCCUCAAAGAGCUCAAGAAGGACAAAGAGUUCUUCAUCCUCUUUGACUGCUCCUACAGCAUGGCCUCGGAACUACUCAAACAGCUUUCGUCCAUGGGAAUGAUGACAGAAUAUUACCACUUUUUCUUCACCACUUUGGACUUGUUUGCGUUGGACCUGGAGCCGUACCGGUACAGCGGGGUGAACAUGACGGGCUUCAGGCUGCUCAACAUCGACGACCCCUGGGUAGCCUCCACCCUGGACAAGUGGGCCAUGGAGAGGUUGCAGGGGCCCAAGCAAGAUGGCGGACUCAUGGACGGCGUCAUGACCACUGACGCAGCUCUGAUGUACGACGCCGUGUUCCUGGUGUCUGUGGCGUCUCAGCGUGCUACUCAGAUGACCGUCAGCUCUCUGCAGUGUCACAGGCACAAGCCCUGGCGAUUUGGACCUCGAUACAUGAACCUCUUCAAGGAGGCACAGUGGGACGGCCUGACGGGCCACAUCGUCCUCAACAAGAGCGACGGCCUGCGGCGGGAGUUUGACUUGGACAUCAUCAGCCUGAAAGAGGAUGGCAGUGCCAGGGGUGUCGUGGAGGGCGUGAGUCGCCUCACCAAAAGGUGGAUGAAGAUCGCCUCAUGGAACUCGCUGAAAGGAAUGAACCUAAUCGAGAAGUCAACAACGAAUAACAACAACGUGACCGACUCGCUGGCCAACAGGACCCUCAUCGUCACCACCAUCCUGGAGAACCCGUACGUGAUGUACAAGAAGUCCGACAAGGAACUAGCCGGGAAUGACCGCUUCGAGGGCUACUGCCUGGACCUCCUCAAGGAGCUCUCCAACAUCCUGGGCUUCACCUACGAGGUCCGUCUGGUGGCCGACGGCAAGUACGGGGCCCAGAACGACAAGGGCGUGUGGAACGGCAUGGUACGAGAACUCAUAGACCACGUGGCCGACCUGGCGGUGGCGCCGCUGACCAUCACGUACGUACGUGAGAAGGUGAUCGACUUCUCCAAACCCUUCAUGACGCUGGGCAUCAGCAUCCUGUACCGCAAGCCGAACGGCACCAACCCGGGCGUCUUCUCCUUCCUCAAUCCGCUGUCGCCCGACAUCUGGAUGUACGUCCUGCUGGCCUGCACCGGCGUCAGCUGUGUGCUCUUUGUCAUCGCCAGGUUUACCCCCUACGAGUGGUACAACCCGCAUCCGUGCAACCCGUCGUCCACGCUGAUCCAGAACAAUUUCACCUUGCUCAACAGCUUCUGGUUUGGUGUUGGGGCCCUCAUGCGGCAAGGCUCUGAGCUGAUGCCCAAGGCUCUAUCCACCCGCAUCGUAGGGGGCAUCUGGUGGUUCUUCACCCUGAUCAUCAUCUCGUCAUACACGGCCAACCUGGCCGCCUUCCUCACCGUGGAGCGCAUGGACGCGCCCAUCGACUCGGCCGACGAUCUGGCCAAGCAGACCAGGAUCGAGUACGGGGCGGUGAGGGACGGCUCCACUAUGACGUUCUUCAAGAAAUCCAAGAUCUCCACCUACGAGAAGAUGUGGGCCUUCAUGAGUAGCAGGAAGAACACAGCAUUGGUCAAGAACAACCGGGAGGGCAUCACACGUGUCCUCACCACCGACUACGCCAUGCUGAUGGAGUCCACCAGCAUCGAAUACAUCAGCCAAAGGAACUGCAACCUCACGCAGAUCGGAGGACUCAUCGACUCCAAGGGAUACGGAGUGGGAACGCCCAUAGGCUCUCCGUACAGAGACAAAGUGACUAUCGCCAUCCUUCAGCUGCAAGAGGAGGGCAAGCUGCACAUGAUGAAGGAGAAGUGGUGGCGAGGAAACGGCUGCCCCGAGGAGGACAACAAGGAGGCCAACGCGUUGGGCGUAGAGAACAUCGGCGGCAUCUUCAUCGUGCUCGCCGCCGGCCUGGUCCUGUCCGUCUUCGUGGCCAUCGGCGAGUUCAUCUACAAAGCUCGGCGCAAUGCUGACAUCGAGGAGGCCUUCUGUUUCUUUUACGGGGUGCAAUCUCGGCAGUUUCAGCGGCGCGGCUCCACCUCCUCCUCGGGCACGUCCUUGUCCACCGACCUGGAGAGCGGCAGGCUGCUUGGCGACGACACAGAGUAACCGUGGCAAAGCGGUGCAAAUAAGAGUGUGUCUUUCUGGGCCUUGAUGGACAAAAUGGCCGCCUCCCAGCAGUGUCGCCAAACGGAGGACUCUCACUCUUAAAGACUGCGAACAAAAAACAAUAUUUUUUUUGUACAUUUUUGGAUCAAUUUUCCCCAUCAAUUGUGUUGUUUUUCUUUCCUAUAUUUCACAUUUCCACCAUUAAUGUCAAUGGUGAUGAUAGUAGCUACUUUUCCUUUGGAUGUAGUUUAGUUGUACUUGUACAAUUGAAAGUCACAUGAUUGAUCAAUACACUAAAACUUAAAAAAAUAAUAAUAAUUGUGUGUGUGCAAGUAUAUGAUGUGUGUGUGUUUGUAUCUGUUUGUUUCUUUUUCAUACCACAGGAUCCCACAGCAAGUAAGUAACCUUGCAUUUUUCCCCCCGUUUGCAUUUCAAUUGCUAAUUUCAAUUCCCUCACACACACGUGAAACGUUCUUCUUACAUAGAUUACUGGAACGCUUUCACACACAGCUGAACUUGUUUCGCUAGUGAAACACUCUUACAAACACUCCUGAAAUCCUAUCACACAUCAAACUGAAAUGUGCUCAUAUGAUAUUGUAUGUAGGAGAGUGUUUUGCUUGUGUAUGUAAGAAUGUUUCACAUUUGUAUGAGAGCGGAAAUAUAAUUUUCUCGUGUAUGUGACAGCAUUUCAGUGGCGUGUAUGAGAGCAUUUCACUUUUGUCGAGAAGAGCAUUUCACAAAUAUGUGUUUUCGUAGCGCGUAUGAGAGGGUUUCACUUGUAUAUGAGAGCAAAAAAUAAUAAUACAGUAGUCAAAGUGAGACCGUUACAUUUGUGAGCAUGACAGCGUUUCCGUAUUAUGUGUUAGUGUUACACUUGGGGGGAAUCACCUGUUUAUAUGAGAGCGUUUCAGUAAUGUGUAUGAGAGUGUCACUAACGUAAGAGCAUUUCAAUUGCAUAUGAGAGCGAAAAAUAUUUUAGGUGUUUCUCUGACAGCGUUUCUUGAGUGAGUGUGAGUGUUUCACUCUUAUGCGUAAGAGUGCUUUUGUUAUGUAUGAGAAUGUUUCAAGCAAUUUGUCCUGUGUAUGAGAGGUAAACUCGAAUUCUGUACCCCACAGCCCUUAUGUACCAACAUACAGGUUAGUUUUCAUCCUGAGGGAUUCUGGUUAAUCUCUUUAUGUAAUCACUUUUUUUUUAUUUUUAUGUAUGCCAUCCAGAUUAAUUCUGGGAUUGAGUAUAAUAGCUAGGCCUGUAAUCUCGGUGAUUCUCGAUCAGAACCCCAGGCGGCUGUAUUUUUUAUUUAUUUUUUUUACCUCCCCUCGCCCCCUCCCGUCAGGGUGUAAUCCGUUAUGAAUGAGGGCAAGGAUUACGCCGCUGACCUUGGCAUUCAGCGCGUCUGAGCGCGGCGCGAUGACCUCACCUGAAUGACACGCCGUCUAUCUUGGGCCCCCCGACGCGACGCGUUCAAAAGCUUUUUGUGGCGCUAAACAGGCGGCGCCGUCCAGAUGAGGCCCUCGUGUUGUGAAAAGGUCUUAAAGAUAAACACCCGCAGUAAAAUGUUUAUUACCGCCGCAAAGGAGCUUUUGUUUCUGUUUAUUAGAGACACCAGGUGCUUAAAUACAGCAGGAAAACUAAUAAAAUAGGACUAAAGUAAAUUAGUACAUCAUUAAUAUUUGUGUUUAAUGAGUCAUGCGAAUUUAACAACUGAUUUAAAAAUGUAAAAAAAAAAGAAAAGAAAUCAAGGAAAUUACUGGGAUUCUUUUCCUGGUCAAGUUUGUGCUUUCACCUGUUGCUAGGCAGAAUUAUUAGAACCAUAAUGAUAAUACUUUAAUAGUUUUUAUAUUAAAAUUGUAGAGGAAAUAUCAAAUACAUGAAACAAAAUUAUAAUAAAAUUGUACCAUAAUGUAAGUAGUUGAAUUAUUCAUUGUUCACAACUGAAAUGAUAAAGUAAAAAAAACAAAUAAAUCAAAUCAAGAAAAUUGCUCAGAUCAUUUUCCCAAUUGUCACCUGUUGCCCCGUAGAAUUCAUAAGAUUCAAUCGUCAUCAUAAAAACAUUAUCAUUUCAUAUAUAAAAGUGGUGUAGCAUAACAUAGUUUAUGUAACAUUAAAAAAAUAUAAUUAUUUUAAAUGAUGAUUUCUUCAAAACUAAACAAAUUUCACAAAAUAUUUCCAAAAGCGGUAAAUGGUAAAUGGACUGCACUUAUAUAGCACUUUAUCGACACCGUCACAGUGCCCAAAGCGCUUGGUUGUUGACUAGUCACUAGUUGCUAGGCAGAAUUAAUUGGGCUCAAUCAUCAUAUCAUCAUAAUAUAAAAUCUUUAUUUGUAAAAAAACAACAAUAAAAAUGGUUAGAUUAUUGUCGUCGUCCCUUGUUGCUAGGAAAAAUGUAUAGUAUAUCAAUUAUGGAACAUCCAUCCAUCCAUUUUCUGUACCGCUUAUCCUCACUAGGGUCGUAACAUAUCAAAUAAAUAACAUAAAAUUACAAAAUAUAAUAAUAACAUGACUGGUGGUCAUUUCCCCAAUUUAUGUAGACACAUUUAUUGAGCAGAUUGAGUCUGUUUUGUUGUUGUUGUUUUUUGGUACAGUCCGUUUACAUUGGGAUGAAGCAGGGCAGUGAUCCACCAGACGCAGCAGAUGGCGCUGUGUUGCCAACAAAAAUCCGUUUCGGAAUAGCAUUUACCGCCAUCUAUAGGCUCGUAGUGGAAGUCACGAAAGCGCUAUGACGCAAUCCUCUGCUGUACUGGAUGUCAUUAGGGAGUGUCCCUAAUGAAGUGGCCCGAAGUGACCCAAUGAUGUUACACGUCUUGAAGUAAUUCCAUCACUUUUUCCCCCUCUGUCUGUCAUCUUAUCUUAGCUAUCUUAGGCGUGAGCAGAAAUGGGGUGAGGUGUUCAAGUCAUGUCAUCCGAGACAUUUUAUU